CAGGGAUACAUCUUCGACGUUAUCCGAAUGAAUUAGUGUCAAAAUCAAAAGUAUUCUCUUUAUAUUUUCUUCAUUAUUUUUCGUCAAAUAAUCAAAUUCGAAGUGUAUUUAGAAUGAGGGAAUGCAUAUCAGUGCACAUUGGCCAAGCUGGCGUUCAAAUUGGCAAUGCUACAUGGGAACUGUAUUGUCUGGAACACGGCAUCGAACCUGAUGGCUGUCUAUCACCACAAGCCGACGAACUUGCAGAUAACUGCUUUGGAACAUUCUUCAAUGAAGUAGAAAAUAAGAAAGUUGUCCCGAGAGCAAUCUUAGUAGACCUUGAACCAACUGUCGUGGACGAAGUGAGAAACGGAAAAUACAAGCAGCUUUAUCACCCUGAAAACUUAUUGACCGGCAAAGAAGAUGCAGCAAACAACUACGCGAGAGGGCAUUACACCAUCGGUAAAGAAAUCCUAGAACCUGUUAUGGAGAAAUUAUAUAAACUGGCAGAACAAUGUAGCGGCCUUCAAGGUUUCUUCGUUUUUCACUCUUUCGGUGGUGGAACUGGUUCUGGUUUCACUUCGUUGCUGAUGGAAAAGCUGUCACAGGACUUUGGUAAAAAGAGCAAACUCGAAUUCGUUAUAUAUCCAGCGCCCCAGGUUUCUACUGCCGUUGUUGAACCUUACAACUCAAUCCUUACCACACACGCAACCUUGAAUGUCUCCGACUGUGCUUUCAUGGUAGAUAACGAAGCAAUCUAUGAUAUAUGCAGGCGAAAACUGAAUAUUGAACGACCAGACUAUAUAAACUUGAACCGACUCAUCAGCCAAGUUAUUUCUUCAAUAACAGCAUCCUUGCGCUUCGACGGUGCUCUCAAUGUUGACCUGACAGAGUUUCAAACGAAUUUAGUGCCUUACCCAAGGAUACAUUUCCCGUUAGCAGCCUAUGCUCCAGUGGUUUCUUCUGAAAAAGCAUAUCAUGAGGGCAUGUGCGUAGCUGAGAUCACAGCUGAACUCUUCGAAACCCACAAUCAAAUGGUGAAAUGUGACCCACGCCAAGGUAAAUACAUGGCUUGCUGCUUAUUGUAUAGAGGGGACGUUGUACCGAAAGACGUUAAUGCUGCCAUAGCUCAAAUGAAGGCUAAGAGCAGUGUGAAAUUCGUUGACUGGUGUCCAACUGGUUUUAAGGUGGGCAUCAAUUACCAACCUCCGACUGUUGUUCCUGGUGGAGACUUGGCUCGUGUCCAAAGGGCUGUCUGCAUGUUGGCGAACACAACAGCGAUUCAAGAUGCGUGGGCGAAAUUGAACAAGAAAUUUGAUCUUAUGUAUACUAAGAGGGCCUUUGUGCACUGGUAUGUGGGGGAGGGAAUGGAAGAGGGAGAAUUUGGAGAGGCCAGAGAAAAUCUUGCAACACUCGAGAAAGAUUAUGAAGAAGUCUCUGGUGACCUGGUGGAAGAGCCUCCAGUGGAAGAAGCAUGAUUCAUUUCUCGCUCAAUAAAUUUGAAGAAAUUUUCAUUGAAUAAAAAUUGUCAUGCGUAUUA